AGAAUAAAUCGCAAUUGUUACCCAACACAGUAUAGCCACCCGAAUCAAAACUCUUCUUACGAAAACUAUCUUGUUUCCAGUAAUAUCCACAUUAUAGGUAUGGAUUGUGCGUUGUAGAUAAGAUAGUAUGGUUUUCCACUUUGUCAGUAGGUUAUAGUGCUCUCACUGCAGAGUUUUAUAUAAACUCCCUAUUCUACAAUCACUAGCGAAACUCUGGGUGACAAGUGUUAUUUAGAUUGUAUGAAAAGUGUAAAUAAUCAGGACCAACUCCUGUUGGAUAAGAGGUAAAAAAAUUCUUCUUCGUGGUUUCAAUCCCGAUUAAAGGAGAAUAAAGAACUCUCUUGAUUUACUGAUGAUAAAGAACUCAUUUCAUUAUAGUCUUUUAUCCGAAUUUUUAAAAAGCAAUUUGUUUUUAAAACCUUCUACAACUCACAUUCACUCUGAUGCUGACCAUUUAGGAACUAAAUCCAAUCUUAUGUUUAUGCUACAGAAGGUAAACCAACUUUUUAAUAAGCCCCCGCUUAGAAUCUUGAAAAUAUGACCUGUGAUAGAAAACGUUACGUUGCGUCAACAGUGCUUGCAGUCGAAUUUCAGUAACAACUGUCAACUAGCAUAUAAGUCCAGAUAAUUAAAGAUCGCGCCAUUUGGUUUAUAAAGCAGGUCGGUUCUAAGUUCUUAUUCCGAGUUAGGACGGUUCUAGGUUGUCAUUCCACGUUUAAUUCGACCAUAAGGCAACUGUUCUGUUAUCUAUAUAGUUUGAAGUCUUCAAGCUUUGAUAGUUAAGAAACCUUGUUGCAUAAACAGAUUCACCUGUGUAUUAAGCUUUCUUUCAAUAGAUUCUCAGGGUAAAAAGGUUCGGUUAACAUCGUACCUCGUCGGGUCAUACGUGGAGGCACCCCAAUGCAUUCACAACAUAACCCACUAAUCAGAUAACAUCCAGCCAGAAACCAGACCAAAUAACAAUGGGGCGGUUCGGACAAUGAAAAUUACAUAUUGCCUCUUUCUGAACAACUUUCUAGUCAAAGAGAGGUUUAUUCUUUCGCGGGCUUCACUCAAAUAUGGCCGCAAUCGAAAAAGUUCCGCAAAGUGAAAUUUUGAAGAAUUUAUAAUACUGUAUCGGCAGCUGUUCUUUUGUGCAGAUCAGUUCUAAGACAUCAUGAUAACAGCAGAGAUUGAAGAGUUUGUCCCAUUUGGAAGAGAUUAUUUGAAGAUACACCCAUCAGGGACCCAAGAAAACCUCAAUACUGAACAAUGGUUUAUCAAAGAUAAAGACAACUUUGAUAGCUAUGAAGAAGAGGUAUAUGCAAAUGGAAAAGUUGUCAUUCAAUGUAGAACUGCAAUUACAGAUGAAAAAGGUAUAGCGAAAAAAUGCUUCAACUUGGAUAAUGCAAUCAAACAGAUAACAUCUUGCCAGUUUCACAACUUGUCAAGAUUGAGAAGUUCAGCAGACAGUCUGGGCAAAUCUGACACAGAUGAUCUUGUCAAAUGUAUCACUGUUUUGGGACCAACCUGUGUUGACAUGAUCUGCUCUGAUGGAUCUUUCUAUGCAUCACCUUUACCUUUCAAAGUAGAGACAAUAUGGCCAAUUCCAAGCGGAUUUUGUGUCCAGAGACCAACUUCAUACACAGAUACUUACAAAAAAGGUGUACCUACGCUGUUCUCUUUAAUCCACACAUUGGAUGACUUUUGCCCAGUUAUAUAUAGAUAUCCAGAAAGCAAAAAGAGCAUGUACUUUUCUGACCCAGACCAGCAAAUUGUCUUUUCCUCUGUUAAAAUUUCGCUGCUGGUUACAUAUGAUGUCUCAGUUGGAAUCCAUGCUGUCUGGAAGGUCAGAGAAGCAACAGCCCAGGACAAGCCAGACCCGGUUUCAAGAAAUAGCAGCCCAUCGGAUUUCGGACAGAGCUCAAAAUUUGGAAACCUGAACUCUAGAGGACCAUCUCGUCUGUCAGGGUCUCUUUGUGCUCCAAAUGGUCGCCACUCCCACACCCCUUCGCCCAUCAGAAGUCGACCCAAUACCCCUGCAAGAGCAGCAACGCCGUCAAAUUUGAUGAGAAUCCAUUCUCCAGCAUUCGGUCAUGGCCAGACUUCAAGGGCUGUGUCACCGCACUCAGCCAUCAUGCAUGAAGCCUCAUUCUCUUCAGACAACCUAUUUUCCAACAUGUCACAGAGCCGUGGCUUCGGCUGGCUAUCAUCCCCUCACGUUUACCGGCUGCCAAGUGAAGAUUCAGCAAGCAUACACGAGGAGCAAGAUUUCGAAUCAAUGCCUCCUUCAAUAUGCCUCGAGCAUAUUUGGCAAGAAGACGAAAAAUCCAUACUUUUCGCCGCGGAUCAACGAUGCAAGGCAGACAAAGUUUUCAUCACUGAAGAUAUCUGUGGACAAAGCUUCAUAUGUUUUUUAUUGAAGGGUCUCAACGUUCUAAGAUUAGUGGAAUUUGAACUGCGCUCAAUAACAUCUUCCUACUUUUUUGGAACUUCUUCUGAAAUCGUGGCAAAAGAUGCUGGCUGUUUAACAGACCUGAAAAUGAUUGCAGUUCUAGAACCAUCAGGUGAUCUGAUGUUAUACAGUGGUACAGUCAAGGUCUGCAGUUUUGAUGCAUCAGUCAAACUACAGAAGUACUCCUUUGAGAAGAAACAAAGUUCUGCUCUUGAUCUUCUACGCACAUCAUAUGGCACGGAGUUGGUGGAGACACCAAAAGCAAGACAAGAUCUGCAAGUCAAACUUCAAGAUAUUGUGGCUAUGCGUGACUUUACAGCCAAUAAAUUCUUUUUGGUUUUGCCCAAUAAUCAGUUUUAUCGAGUAUAUGUACCGAGAAUUACAUCAGAUGAACUAAUUGAGAAAUGUCUAGAAGUGAUCAUGACAAAUUUAGCAAAUGAACAAUUCAUUGACGUUUUUGCAAGAUAUUACAUAGUGCUAAAUGAGGGGAAUCACCUUUCUUUGGAGCAGUCGCCUUGGAGAAAAUUUAUGGACACCACUUUGAUGCUUAUGGGGUUUCCAGAGCAAUUCAGAAAAUCUAUGAUAGAGAACAAAAGAAGUAGUCCAGCGCCUCCGCAGCCAAAAAGAGCAAAGAAAAGUGACUCGUUCUGUGAAAACAUGGAUUGGGAAUUCCUACAAGAAAGUGACCUUCACAAUAACAUCAAAGAGAUUUUUGGAGCUCAUUCUGUGGCCAAAGAUUCGUCUGUGAUUGAAGCAGAAGAUGAAAUAAAUCUAAACCCAAGCACUCCACUUUAUGACUGGAUUCCGAAGCUGUUUAAAGAUUGGCAUCUCCUAUACGAGGACCUUAAAUUGAACAUAAUGACAUUUAGUCAAAGGAAAAAUCUUGCAAACCUUCUGGUUUUACUUUCAAGGUGCCUGGGACUCGAAGCACAUUAUACACACUACAUCAGUGAUUUUCCAGAACUUGAAGGAAGCCCAAAAGGUGGAAGUAUUCACAUUCAAAAAGAUCAACUCGAAGAUUUGCACUCGAAAGGUGUGAAUUUCAUCCCUUUGAAAAACAUAGAAGAUCACGUGAUUCAUGAAGUCACUUUGCAAAAGAUGCCGUCAGAAUUCAUGUCUCCCUUUAAGAACACUCAACUGAUUGUCAAGACUUUGUAUUGCAUCACAAGCUUUUUAUCAAGUGGAAUCACUGCAAGUCCAGAUUCGAUGAUCUCAGAACUCCAGAUUUCAGAUCCUAACAGGUUGCGGAAACAAGAUUGUGCCGAAAGAUUGCUCGAUAUCUUUUCAGGAUCAGGUUUCCACAAAGUGGACUUGGAGCGCCUUCCUUUUGGUUUGGCGAUCAUUUAUCAAGAACUGUUGCACCAUUAUCGUCAAAAAGCGUCAGGCAAUAUAACGGCAUCAUCGGCUCGCUUGCUAGGAAGGGAAGAUCUUGCAACAAUAACAGAUCAUUCAGUUGCGGAGUCAUUAACAAGAUCGCAUUCUCAGGCUCAUGGACCUAGCUGCUACAUGACUAACGAGGUUUUCAAGAUGCGCUUCAGCUAUGAUCGCAGGGUGGAUGAAGUUGAGAGGCUUCUUACGUCAUCAGUCCCAGUAGUUAUUAACAUAAUUCAGAAACCGGAAGUUAGCGAUCACGACUUCAUUAAAGAACAAGAAUCGAAGCUUUUAUUGCGCUCUAAAAGGACGAUGGCUUUGCCCGUUGCCAGAGGAUUAUUUCGACUGGGAAUGACAGAGCCUACAAUCGGAGAGGUUAUAGGGAUUCCAACGCUUGAACUAACUGGAAAGGAUAUGCAAAGCAACAAAGUCAUCAACCUCCCAUCCCAAACUGACCUGCCUGCUGAUCGAUUUCAGUGGCCUCUCUUCCACAACGGAGUUGCUGCAGGUCUGGAAAUAGCCUAUGGUAGUUCCCAGAUUGACUCGACAUGGAUUGUCUACAAUAAGUUGAAAUAUAAAGAAUUGAAUGAAGAAUUAGCUGGUUUUCUAAUGGGUGUUGGCUUGACUGGGCAUCUUCACGUUUUACCGCCUCACCUUCUCUACGAUUAUAUUACCAAAGGUCAUGGAUUCACAAGUGUUGCCUUGCUGUUAGGCAUUACAGCUGCAAAAUGCGGAAGCAGAGACGCGGAAAUUUACAAGCUUCUAGCAGUACAUGUAGACGCACUUUUACCCCCAACUGCAUUGGAAAUAAGCAUUCCACAUUCAGCCAAAGUUGCUGCGAUUCUUGGCACUGGACUCUUGUAUAUGGAAACGAUGGAACGCCAUCUGGUCAAAAUAUUUUUGCAAGAGAUAUCUAGGCCGCCUGGUCCUGAAAUGGAGAACGCGAUUUGUCGAGAGUCACAUUCUUUGGCUGCAGGUUUCGCUCUCGGAAUGGUUCUUCUUGGGAAAGGAACUGACUCCCUUUACUUCUCGGAUCUGAAAAUAACUCAAGAACUUCAUCAUUUGGUUUUUGGAGGGCAACAGUGUGAACUGCCAACUUACUUGAGGGAGAUUUUCAAGUCUCCAAGCUACCUCAUCAAGGAGGGUGACAAGCUGAACACUGACGUCACGUGCCCCAGUGCCAUAAUGGCGCUUACACUCAUUUACCUUAAGACUAACAACAGAGUAAUAGCAAACUGGUUCAGUUCACCGGAUACCACAGCUAAUCUUGAUACAGUAAAACCUGACAAUUUACUUCUGAGGUUACUGGCAAGAGGGUUGAUUUUGUGGGAAGAGACACUUCCAUCUGUUGAUUGGGUUGAAAGUCAUUUGCCACAGAUAUUUGAUGAUGUUUCUUUUGACGUGAAACAACAGACAGCGUACGAUGCUGACAAGGAGACGCUGCGUCUUGGAUAUUGCUGUAUCAUUGCUGGUUGCUGUAUGGCACUUGGCAUCAAGUUUGCUGCAAGCGCAAACCAAUCUGCUUUUGACACACUAAUUCACUUCACACAAAAGUUUCAGAAAUUGGCUUCUAAUCCAAUUUUUGAAAAGGGUGGUAGAGCUGUGAUCGAAAUGUGUCUCACUACCGUGCUCGUUUCUACUAGCUUGGUAAUGGCAGGAACAGGAAAUUUGCAGGUUUUGCGCAUUGCCCGCAGACUUCGAAAGCGCUGCAAUGCAGACAUAACCUACGGAAAUCACAUGGCAGUACAUAUGGCUAUUGGUUUCUUGUUUCUAGGAUUUGGCAGGUUUACACUUUCCACAAACAACAAAGCAAUUGCUGGCCUGCUCUGUUCCCUUUACCCAAAAUUUCCUCAUAAUACCAGAGACAAUCGCUACCACCUCCAAGCUUUUCGCCAUCUAUACGUACUAUCAUGUGAGCCAAGGCUGGUUAUACCACGUGACAUUGGCACCGGAUCUGUUUGUUUCGUGCCAUUGCUUGUCAAACUCAAGGAAACACCUUCGUAUCCAGCAACAGCGUUCAAAUUGCUCGCUCCGUGUUUUCUACCAGAGGUUUCUCUGAUUGACGAGAUACAAGUAGUUGGGCCCAGGUACUGGCCUAUAACUAUCAAAUUUUCAGAUUCUGAGAAGCCACCUGAUGAAAUCGUAAGAAUUAUCAACUGUUUGUACGUAAAAAAGAAAGUUGGCUAUCUCUCAUAUGUAGAUGAUCCGAAAGGUCAUCGAAACCUUAUGGCGAGAACUUUCACAAAUCAAUCAGAAAAGCUUGAAACAAUAUCAUCAUUUAGUUCCAACGCAGAUGCGGUUCUCUUUGGUGAAAUGUUCUGUUCAGAUGAUGCUAAAACCAAUGAGGUCAAUUCAGAAUUUUUGUCAUCUACUCUGUUUGAAUGUGUGUCAAAUGAGAAGCUUGAUGUUUUGCCAACAUAUAUGAGCAUUGAAAGGGUGCUUGCAGAAGCUGCUGAUGGUCAUUUCAGUUCGGAAAAUAUGAAGCAGCUUGAAAUCAUUUUUCAGUAUUACAGUAUUUUGCAUCCUAAGUUACAAAAAAUAGGCGUUGUAGGAAAGCCUCUAAUUAAUGAGAACUACUUGAUACAGUCACAACUACGCUUGCAAAAAGCCCUUUCCUUUCACCUUGCAAACAAAAAACCUUAAGUGGAUGGAUGUCAAGACCUGUCAGUGUCGUCCAGUUUGUUGGCAGCGCUUUGUCUCUAAACCUUGAGGAUAUUUUUCAGUAAAAAAGGAAAUGUAAGAAAAAUGUUUUAACAUCAAUGUUUGUAAAUAUUCCAUUUAUAUAAAUACAACUGCU